CAUCUGGUCACCCCAAGCCGUUGUUUAACAAUUGUUCUGUCACAUUGAGCAAAUUUUGAUGCAAUAAUAAGAACAGGAAAAAUAUAAAAUACUCAAUAAAAACAUUAUGCUGUCACGACGGGUGGCAGCAAUUAUUGGUUUUCAAGUAAGGAAUUUAUCAAAGAAAUUGAAUUAUAUUAACAAACCUACGAUGAAACAAGUGCACGAGGAGUUACUGCUCCAUAUUGAUCCUCAACCAAAAAUAAACAUUUGUGCUGACAUACAAGUGAUAGUCAGAGUAGCCGAUGUGCAUGCAUAUCCCAAUGGUGAUGUGUUUAUUGCAGAGCUACAUGGCGGUCAUGUAAAAAACUGCGGCUCCGCUAUGAACAUUAAGGUCAGUGAGGACGAAAAAGAAGUAGAUGUUAAAUUGACGAAACUUACGGAGGACACAGACUUCCAUUGUGAGCUCAUGGUUCCAGUUAGAUCCAGUUUAAAUAUAAAAAGUAAAGCCAAUUGUAUUUUGUCCAACUUGCAUAGCGAUGACAUAUGUGUUGAUGCAGAAAAAAAUAUCAAAACAACAGAUAUUAGAGCCACAAAUAUAACAUUUAACAGUAAAAAUGGUGAUGUCAAUUGUGCUGGUCUACUACUGGGCAACGAAACAAAUAUUGCUACUGAGGGAAAUGGUGAAAUUACGUUAAAUAAACCUCUUGGUAACAUGCUGAAAUGUAGAACAAUCUCUGGGAACAUCACUACAAAUUCCUGCUAUUCAAAUAGUUCAUUUUUUGAAACAGAUUUUGGUCGUUUGAAACUGAAAAAUGUGCAUAAACAAUCCAAAGUUGUGGUGCACAAGAACGGACGACUUGAAAUGACCGGCGUACAUGGCAACAUCAAUUUACACAUAAAUGGCGGUGAUAUAAAUUUACAACUUACAGAAAUACAUGGAGAAAGUAAUGUGUACAAUGUGGCUAACACAGAAUCGAUUAUAAAUGUGUCGGAUGAAGUUGAAGCUAAUACACAUAUAGCAGUGAAAUCAGCGCUUAUUGUAUUAGAUCCUUCGCUAUCUCAUUUGAAUAGUUGUUUAUGUCCAGAGAGUAAAAAGUUUUCUCUAAAACGAGAAGAUACCAAUCCAAAUCAAUUGAAUGUAUGGUCUAAAGGCUGUGUUAAAUUAGGUAAAAAGUCGUGGACCGAAAUUACGACUACAUUAUUUAAUGUGUCCAAAAAAUAAAUACUAAAUAUUAUUUUAAAGUACUAAUACUUAU